UCUGUGCUGACCCCCCGUCCCCCCAGAUCCAGCAGCUGUACGAGACGCUGCAGCGCUGGGACUCGGUGGCCUCGGCCCUGCCCGACGUGGUUCAGCGCCUGGUGACCCUGCGGGACCUGCACGAGCAGGCCGCCCAGUUCGGGCAGGUGCUGGUGCAGCUGGACACGACCCAGCAGGACGUCGCGGGGGCCCUCAAGGACAACGCGGCGCUGCUGGCAGAGGUGCAGAAGACGAUGAAGGACAACCUGGCCAUUGUGGAGGACAACUUCGCCGACAUCGACGCCCGCAUCAAGCGGCUCCAGAAGUGACAGAGUCCUGGGGACCCCCCCAGGGACCCCCCUGGGACCUCCCCCCGCCACCCCCUGGCCUUGGGACCCCCCUGCCCUGCAGGUCCCAGUGGCUGCUUGUAAAUACCCGCCUGUGACCCCAGCACGGGGCUGGGGGGUCCUCCCCCACCCCAAACCCCUCCCCAGGGGUGUCUGUGUCCCUGCAGUGCCCGGGGGGGGGUCUCUGUGCCCCCCCAUCCCCUGGGCUUGGGGCCUCUGUGCCCCCCAGUGCACCCCAAUAAACAGCUCAGCUCUGGG